GGGGGAGCUGGAGGGGAUAACGAGGUAGGGUGCGGAGGGGACAGCCAAUACACGCCCCAAAGCCUCAAUCGGCAACCAAUCCGGUGGCGGAAGAGGCGGACCUGUUGGCUUUUUGCAUUCUCACACUUGGUUUCACUAUGCGUUCGUAAAAGAGAGACAGAGAGAAGGAGAGAGUGAGAGUGUGAGAGAGAGAAGGAGAGAGAGAGGAGGAGAGAGGGAAGAAAAGGGGGGAAAAAACGGGCUCCGUGUCUACUACAAACGCGGCGGUGCAGGUGCUCUGUCUCUUCGGGAGAGGAUGCGGAUGGAAGGACGGGGGAGGGAAGAAGAAGAAGAAGAAGGGAUGAAGGCAAAGCAGCGCCGCGGGGAGAAGAGAGACGACUGAGAGCCGUGAAAUGAAAACGGGGCUUGCGCCGAAGAGUCCGAGAGGUGCAAGGUCGAAUAUGAGAAAUUGGUCGAACGGGGCACUUUGCGUGGUAAUAGCUGGUCGGCAAUAGUACUAUGAUUUGGUAUGUGGCCACUCUGAUAGCAAGUGUAUUCAGCACCAGAGGAACGGCCGCUCAAGGUGCCCACGGAGUGAGAGAAGAGCCCCGGUUUGUGACGGCGCGCGCUGGAGAGAGCGUGAUCCUGGGGUGUGACGUGUCCCCUCCCCUGGACGGCCAGCAGCCCCCCUAUGUGGUGGAGUGGUUCAAGUUCGGAGUGCCUAUCCCCUUCUUCAUCAACUUCCGCUUCUACCCUCCUCAUGUGGACCCAGAGUACACUGGCAGAGCUUCUCUGCAUGGGAAGGCCUCCUUGCAGAUUGACCCGGUGCGCUCCGAGGACCAGGGCUGGUACGAGUGCAGGGUCCUGAUGCUGGAGCAACAGUACGACACCUUCCACAACGGCAGCUGGGUGCACCUCACGGUCAACGCCCCACCUUCAUUCACAGCGACCCCGCCGCAGUAUGUGGAGGCGAAGGAAGGGGGAAGCACUCUGCUCAGCUGCUCUGCCCAGGGAAACCCAAAACCAAUGAUCAGCUGGCUCAGAGAAGGGGAGGAGCUUGCAACCAACUCAAAAUACUCGGUACACGACGGCAGCCUGACCAUUCUCGGCAUCACCAGAGACGACAGAGGGGCGUACACGUGCAGAGCGUACAGCGACCAGGGAGAGGUGCUUCACACCACCCGCCUCUUGGUUCAAGGGCCUCCCUACAUCGUCUCGCCACCAGAAAACGUCACCGUAAACAUAUCACAGAACGCACUCUUCACCUGCCAAGCGGAGGCCUACCCUGGCAACCUGACCUACACCUGGUUUUGGGAAGAGGACAACGUCUACUUCAAGAACGACCUGAAGCUCCGAGUCCGCAUCCUCAUCGACGGCACCCUCAUCAUAUUCCGGGUCAAGCCUGAGGAUGCCGGGAAGUACACCUGCAGUCCGAGCAACAGCCUUGGGAUCUCGCCGUCGGCUUCGGCGUACCUGACUGUUCAGUACCCCGCUCGAGUGAUCAACAUGCCCCCAGUCAUCUACGUCCCACGGAAACUGCCAGGAAUCAUCCGCUGCCCUGUGGACGCCAACCCACCUGUGACAUCAGUGAAGUGGGAGAAAGAUGGCUACCCACUCAGGGUGGAAAAGUACCCCGGCUGGAGCCUGAUGCCAGAUGGAAGUAUCCGGGUGGCAGAGGCCACAGAAGACUCCCUGGGCACCUACACCUGUGUGCCUUACAACGCCCUGGGUACCAUGGGCAUGUCCCCCCCUGCCACUUUGGUGCUAAAGGAUCCCCCUUACUUUAACGUGAGACCUGGGGGGGAGUACCGUCAGGAGGCUGGGAGAGAGCUAGUAAUCCCUUGUGCUGCUUCUGGAGACCCCGAUAUACCAACUAUCACAUGGAGAAAGGUGGGGAAGCCAAGCAGAAGUAAACACAACAUCCUACCCAGUGGCAGCUUACAGUUUCUGUCUCUCAGCAAGGAGGACCAUGGAGAAUGGGAGUGUGUAGCCACCAAUGUGGUCACAAGCAUCACUGCCAGCACACGUAUUCUAGUCAUCGGUACCAGCCCACACGCUCCAGGCAAUAUCCAUGUGUUGCCCUCUACAACCUCUGCUAAUGUGUCCUGGGAACCAGGCUAUGACGGUGGCUUCGAGCAGACGUUCUCUGUGUGGUACGGUCCAGUGUCUAAGAGAACAGACUUUGGUCCUCAUGACUGGCAUUCGAUGCCAGUUUCUGGUGCUCAGACCUGGUUGGUGGUGCCAGGGUUGGAGCCUGGGACAGAGUACCAGUUCAGUGUGCUGGCUCAAAACAAACUGGGCACGGGCCCAUUCAGCGAAGUGGUGACAGUCACCACCGCAGGCUCUCCUCUGGGUACAGCUGAACCUCUGGUGCUUCUUACUCCACCACGGUGCCUCACAGCCAACCGCACGCAGCACGGUGUCCUCCUCACAUGGCUCCCUCCAGCCAACCACUCGUCCCCCAUCGACCGAUAUAUCAUGGAGUUCCGCCUUGGGGAGAGGUGGGAAGUUCUCGAUGACUUGAUUCCAUCCACCGAGACCGAGCUGGUAGCGAGAGACCUCGUUCAGGAGUCCUGGUACGAGUUCCGAGUGAUGGCGGUCAUGGACGACCUGAUCAGCGAGAGCAGCAAUGUAGUGGGAGUGUCUAGCACAGCAGACCCCUUCCCUGCUGCAGAGUUGCCUGAGGAGGGGCUGGCACGGCCUGUGGUGGCAGGCGUCGUGGCGACCAUCUGUUUUCUGGCAGCGGCGGUGCUGUUCAGCACUCUAGCAGCCUGCUUUGUCAAUAAACAACACCGUCGAAAACUCAAGCGUAAACCAGAUCCUCCCUUGUCAGUGACGCACUUCAGGAAAAGCAUUGAGUCGCCGCCUCCUCUCACCCCCUUGCCAGGGGUAGAGCCCUGCUGGGACGAGCCAGCCAGGAGCAGUUUCUUGCCCCCACCGGCCAGCCCCCUGUUAUCGUCGGGAAAGAUAAGUCCAGAAAGCUCCCCUCUGUCCCGGCCCCGCUCGCUAUCGUCCGAGGGUUCCCACGGCCCGGGCCUGUACGUCAGGAAGCUGCCCAGCCCUCAGAGAGAAAAGGACAAAGAGCUCUCCUUCUACAAGAAAACCAAGCGUGCCAUAGCCAGCAAGAAAUACAGCGUGUCCAAACACGAGGCGGAGGUCACCACGCCUAUAGAGCUGAUAAGCCGAGGCCCUGACGGCCGCUUUGUCAUGGAAACCAGCCCGCCUCACCGCCGAAUCCAAGGCUUCCCCUUUGCAGAGGAGUCCGACAUGUACCCGGAGUUCCGGCAGUCGGAUGAGGAGAAUGAUUUUGACCCCGGGCCUUUGCCGCCUAUCAUGCCCACGCUGAGGCCCCAGCUGUCCCCAACGUCCUCCAGCCUGGAGUCAACGCAACCCCCCACCUACAGCCCCCGCCUGCACAGGCCCAUGGAAGGUAUGAGCUUUGCAGAGGGCAGUGCACCUUAUGCCUCGGGGCAGGCCCCGGCCUCCCGCUACAGGGGCUUCCCCCAGGGCCCUUUCUAUGGGUAUCUAGGCAGCCGUGCUGAAUCAGGGAUUCCACCACCAUUCUACAUGCCUGACAUCAGCCCGCGUAGCUCCGCUCUGUCCUCACCCCCUGGCACGGCUGAGGGGCCCUUCGGUUACCCCUCCAUCCCGGAAGAGAGUGAAGGAUUGGAACACCAUCAGUAUACUGCCUCCGGCCAUUCUCUGUCGCACACUCACAGCCCUCCUCCCCGCUCACCUGAAAGCUGGCAGGCUCACGAGUUACCCUUCCUGGGCCUAGAGGGCCCGCGGUUCAUAUACCCACCUCACCAUCCCUUACAUCACCCCCAGGAUCUCCCCGACCCACCCCCAUACCCUCCUCAUACUCUCCCCCCCAGCCGCCUGCACCUUCCAUCCCUGAAGGAUCCGACGAGCCCUGGACUUCUGCAGCUGGAGGUCCCUCUGGGUCCACCAGGCAGAGACAGGCCCCCAGGGCCUCCAGUUAGGCGUUUAGCUAUGCAACAGGCCCAGAGUCUCGGCCAGCUCAGACACACGGCCCACGGUGUGGGUGUACCAGUGUUGCCUUACCCUGACCCGGCAGCCCGCGCAGGGAGCCCAAGCACAGCCCCCAGUAGUAGCCCUCAGUCCUGGCUCAGCCCAAGGGCAGGGCGCCGGGCAGACCCCACCCUACCCCCGCUAGUGCUCCAACCCUCCCGUCUGUCUCCGCUCUCCCAGAGCCCUCUUAGUACCCAGCCAGGUUCCCCAGAUAUCCUAGUGAGGCCCCCCCCGCGCCCCAGCAUCCUCCGCACCUCUCGGUCUCUGGAGAUGCCCGAGAUCACCCUGCAGCCCUCUGCCACCGUUAGCUUCUCGCGGAGGUCUUCCCUGACUGCUUCGCCCACUCAGAGCCAGGGCGCCAAGCAGCCCAGCCCCGGUUACCCCAUGUCCUAUGCCUCCACUGCUGCCAGUUACCCCUCCCAGUCCCCCUCCCCCCCUCCAGAGAGCAGGGAUGUUUUUGGGCAGAGGCCAUCCCAGAGACGGACAGAGGAGGAGAUGUUACCCUCAGAGCCCUCCCAGCUCCAGAUCUCAGCCUCAGGGGAACCUCUAGGUGCGUCUGGUGAUACUGCCGGGUCUGAGAGCUUACCAGCGCUGCUGCACCACUGUAUAACGAAAGCCAAGGGAGUGGCUGCCAAUAAUAACAACAACGCAACAUCUGUGAGGAGAACAGGUGUGUCUCCCUCUCAGACCCCGCAGCAAUCUCAGACACCCCAAGAGGGAGAAGAUCUCAACCUUCGCAAAAAGAGUAAAAAGCAAAACAAGAACCCUUACCGCUACUUGACCUCCUUCCUGCAGCGCAGGCCGUCCGAGGAGGACCAGACAGGCAUCCUGGCCAGUGCAGACUCUGAGGGCCCGAAUUAUGGAACGCUACGCUGACCCAUGUGCCCCACCAAGCCAUUGGACCCAAUUAAGCUGGCCCCUCAUGGAAGCAAAGUCCAAAACACCUCAGUUCUCCGCCCGCCUCCCCCUCCUGCGCAUCGACAGCGACAUACAAAGGUUUCAUACAAUCCGUACAACUGGAUGUGUCUGAGGAACCGCGAACUGGAUCCUCCAGAGGCUGGAAGUCUCAUCUGAAGACAAGAACAAUGGCGUUUUUUUUUUUUUUUUUUUGUUUGUUUGUUUUCCGAGGAAUUUCACUUGAAAAUGCUCUGAGAAAUAUAUAAUGUAUAUAACUAGUAAAACAAGGGAAUUAAGCUUCCUCUUACAGUAAUAAAAUGUGUUGGUUAAGUAUGACUCAACAUGUAAAAAAAAAAAAAAGAAAAAAUUUUUCCACUCACUUAUCAUUGAGGAUUCAUACCUUUUAGGUUUUUCAGUGAAACAGUGUACUGUUAAAGCCUGGUGCGUCCUGGUACAGGGACAUGAGUCUACCUUUCCUACAAUACAACUAGUGUCAGUCUUCAAACACAGGGUUCUUACCGCAAAAAUAUACCUCAGAGUAAACGCAGAGUUGCUGUAAUUCUUGUGGUAUACUGUACGUACUUGACCUUUUUACACUCUAAAGGUACGGACAAGAAAGGUUUAUAACGCUCACCCCUCAUUCAAAUGGAUAAUAUGGCUUAGCUUAAUCUCAUUUGGAUGCUUUUCGUUCCUGCAGCUAGCGCACCGCGUCCGCUUUUUGGGGUCUCUGAGUAGAGAGGAGCGUUGCGCUCCGUGUCGUCGGUAUUAUGACUAAAGACCAUAGCCUUCGCGAGACCUUGUGAAAACAUUUUCGGGGGACUUUUCAUGCUCAGCAGAGGUUGGACUUACGGAGCGACGAAACAAAAGUAUGAAGUGUCUGUAUGCAUCUCAUUCUUAAGGAAUCAUUUGUGAAAUUGGGCACAUCUUGAGGUGCCUUUUCUUUGCCUUUUGUUGUUGUUGGGGUUUUUUGUUGUUGUUGUUUUCUCUAACAUAAACUGCCUUUUUUUUCCGUCGCCUUCUCAUGUUUGUCACUCUGAGGAAGUGAGAACUCCAAUAAUGUCUGGGGGGGCUUUUCUUUUGACAUUGCUUUUUGUCUGCCAAGGACACAUGAAAGAGAGAAUGCGUCAGUCUGAUUUAGCUUGUUCUACCAGAAAACUUUUGUUUUCAAUAUAUAUAUAUAUAUAUAAUAUAUAAAAAUUGCGGGGACAAAAAAUCCCAAGUAAACUGCACAGUGAAGAUGUAAAAGUUUGACAGCAGCUGUUAGAGUGGAAUGUGAUUGCUUCACGAAGCUGUAAAACAAGCAAUGGAGAAUCUCCAAACAAAAUGGCCACCCUGACUGUUUAUCUCUUACAAACUGUAUAUUAAUUGCUAGCUACUUCUCGAUAUGUUUGCUAAUUUUUUUUUUUUUCAAUUAUGAUCAUUUUUUUGACACUAACCGAUAAUGAAUGUAUGUUUUGCUGUACAGGAAAUGAAUGUCCCUUCGUCACAGUGCAUUGAAUGGCCCGUCGAAAUGCUUACGCAGCGCAGCGGCGAUUUGCCGAGACGACCAGACGGCGAAAAUCAGUCCGAACUCCAGUAUUCAACGGCCCGGUCUGCCGAUCUGACGAUAUUAUCGCCUUUUCUCUUUCCGAUUGUUUCGCUAAGGCUAGUUCAGUCACUCAAAUACGCAUCAAGCAGGGUUGUCGUUUUUAUUUGAUGUUUUGUUUUUCGUUUAAUUUCAGCAAAUUGGGACGUUUUCGCUAAAUCCGAGGUUGUCCACGUGAAUGAUUCUCUAAAUCUAUUUGGACGAGCGAGAAAGCGAGCGACAAACAAAAGAAUUGGUUUCAUGUGAGGUGCAAGGAAAUAAUCUAUAUUUGUUAUGUACUGUACAUGGUAUGUAUUGUAUUUGUAAAGAGAAAUCCAACCAUGUUUCACAGGAAGACUUUCUUGUACGGGGAUGUAUGAAUAGGGCGGAAAAAAAAACAAACAAGAAAAAGAAAAAAAUGGGACGGAUAUCCCAAGUCAAAAGUCUUGGUAUUAUGACUAAAGCAAAGUUAGAUUGUAUAUCAAAGUAUUUGCUUACGAUACGGCUUUAAGUGGAUGUUUUUAAAACAUUUUAAGGUGCCUGAUUUGUCAUACUUUAGCAGACGUUAUUUUUUCUGAGAAGAAAAGUACACCUAAUGUUAGUACCGUACCGUUUAUUAUUGCCACAGCCCCGCUGGCUGCACAAGUAUUUUCUCUGAUGUGUUAGUAUCUGGAUGCCCAUUGCGGAACAAGGAGCCGGGAGACGCUUUAGAAGCAGAAAUGUGUUGCCCUCUAUUAUAUUUCUGGAACAAAGUAAUAAUGUAUUUUGCCCACUCGUGUGCGCACAUGUAGGUUCGCAACAGUUUUCUUCGCCUUCACGUGUCCAAAGCAAAUAAACCUGAAGGAAACUUUUAGAUACUUUUUUUUUGCUUUUACCCCCUUUUGUUUGGUUUCCUAAAAGCAACGGACAUCCUGUAGACAUGUACAAAACGUGCUGUGGAGGAAAUUGUGUUUACAUUAGUUUGAUGAAAUUUAAAGCGUGUUAGGGCAUAGUUGCUUUGAACAUUACGACUUGGUGCUAUGUUUAACUUUGUGGUGCUGUAGAAUAGAGGUCUGAAGAUUAGUUUCUGUUUCCAAAAGGAACUUUUUCUCCACCCCCUACGUGUGUGUGCGCGCGCGUGUGUGUCUGUUUGAGCAGCUAAACUAGCUCUGGUAGACAUUGUCCUAAUCAUAACAGUGUGACUACAGUGAUAGACAAUACUGGAAAAAAAGUAGACAUAUAACCUUGAUUAAUAGAGACUUGUGACAUUCAAUGAACUCAAAAAUGACCUGUUUUCUAUAGUGUGUUUUUUGCUAUGUCUGUCUGUGCUUCCAAGGUACCCUCUUUCAAAUAUAUUUGUGAUGAUAUUGAAAUUAUUAACCCAUCUAAGCGGGAGAAACGUAGCCUGACUUAGAUUAGCAACUAGUCACGGGACACAUGGAAGAGAAUCGGAGUGCGCUGUCAGGUCUGGGGAUGGGAGGGAUCUUUUCUGCAAACUUCCUGUACAGUGCUGUGGAAAAGUGUUUGCCUCGUUGAAAGAUUUCAUCUAUUUGUGCUACUGUUUAGCUUGGAUGUUGUUUAAUCCACAAAGGUAAAUGUGACGUCGGUCAAGUGGAGCCUGAGUAAAUGCCAAAUGCAUUUUUCAAAUUGGCCGUUGGAUAUCCGUAAAAUCUGUCCUUGCGUGGAAGGAAUAGCCGCCUCCACCCUUCCUGAAUCAUGAAUUGACACAUCUUUAGGCAGCUGAGUUGAACAGAUUAUUGCCCUAUCUGUAAAAUCAAGAAUUCACAUAAACAGGACUUUUUUUUUUUUUUACAACACAAAAGUUAGCUGAAAUAUUUCGAAAGUCAAGAAAUCAAAAAGCAAAAAGUCAUCAGGAAGAGGUGAAAAGCAAAGUCAAAUCAAUCUAUCAGUGGCGUAAAACUAAUUCUUUAGCAAAGGAUUUCCAAUCAGUAGUUUGUAACUGAUUGCUCAAAAAAGAAGUGACAAGUGUGGAGUCGUCUAGUGUGAAUGUGAUUAAAAUGUUGUGGCUAGAUUUCCUUUCACUCUUGACUAAAUCAAGCAAUUCUGUUAAGAAAAAUAGUUCAAAAUUCCUUCACAUUGAUGCAAAAGUCCAAUUGCCCCUCAUCACAAUGAAUACCUAAUUGUUGCCCACCAUGUCGGCACAACCAGCAGUUAAAUUUACGGGCAAUUUUAUUUUUCACAUCAGUUGAUUUGCAUACCUUUUUUUUUCCCUUAAUAAAUAAAUUGGUUUUUUUUAAUCCACAUUUUUUCUAAGGUUUGACAAAAAAAAAUAUAUGGAAAACCUCAAAUCUGUAAGGGGGGAAAUGCUUUUCCACAGCAAUGUAUAUCUACGGUGAACAGCACUUGUUUUUCAAGCACACUUCUACUACUACUACUACUACUGAGGACACAAACGUCUCGCCUCAUCCCACCAUCACCUUUUAUAGACAAACAACUCCUAUUAGUACUGUAGAGUUUAGCCAUGAGUCGUUCACGGUUGCAUUUAUCCUGUCAGAAAAGCUCACACAUCCCCACCGCUGUGUUUGUUUGUUUGUUUUUUACAAGCAGACGCUGUCUUCCGGGCUCGUCAUUUGCUUCUUCGCAAAAUCCAACGAGAACAUGUACAGCGUUUAAGAGGGCUGCUUUGGACGUACUGUUAGCGACGUUUUCUGUUCCGUUUUUUUUGGGGCGGUUUUUGUUUCGUUUUGGGGGCUGGGGGAUUCUGCUUAUGGCUCUUAGUGCAUCACUAGCUGCUGAUAGGAUGAUACUUAACAGAUUUGACUUUCUUUUUAUUUUCUUUCUGUUUCUUUUUUAAAUCGUAUUAAUCUUGCAUGUAGAGACAAUUACAAAAAUGCCUAUUUAGCAAUCAUUCAUGGCCAUCCGAGCUGGUUUGUUGUUGGACGGAAGCUAGAAAAGUACGUAGUAUUUUCUAUAUUCUCUUUAUCUCUUUUAUUCGUUUGUUUCCGUUUGUUCUUCAUGUGUACCAGCACUGAGAAGCUAGAAUGUAUAAUUAAUUGUAGGCUACUAUAAGCACUACAUUGUUGACUGUUUUAGCUCAUAUUCAAGCAAACCCAGUAAUGCUUAAAAGAAGUGAGAAAUUCCCAUGUUUCGUUUCACUUUCAUCCACCGAACUCUGUGCUGUACAUUACAUGUUUACAUUCUGUAUUUUACAUGCUUUGGUUGUUCUUGCUUUGGUUUUGACCAUGAUGUCCACAUGUAAAUAUUCAGAGUUGAAACUUUUUCCACUGUUCUCUUUUUUAAAAACGAUAACACUGAUUGUUUCUUUACUUUUUUUUAAUUAUUAUUUUUUUUUAGAAAUGCCAUUCUAUUCUGUCACCACAUCAGGUUUUUUGAUGCUUUACUUAACUUUUUUUUUUUUUGAGCAAUUAACUCAUACUGUAUGGUGCUGUACCAAAGCCUUAUGUAUAAUAUCUGUCCUAUUUUUUUUUCUUUUCUUUUUUUUUUUACCACUGCUAUCCAAUGACUCGUCUUGAGAUCAUGUCUCGGUCACUACUCAUGUUCAACUGCCAUGAAUUUUCUUUUAAUUUUUUUUCCUCUCUCUCUUUUCUCUUCGAGUAAGCAGAAACCUGAACAAACUAAAAUGUAAAACAAAAAAAAAAAGGACAACACACAC